AUGGAGGUUGGCCCUUCAAAUGUUGUGCAUGUAGUAUUAAAUAAUGCAUAUGUUUGUAAGGCAGCAAGUUUAAUUAUCGAGGCUGAAUUUCCUUAUAUUUACUGGACCUCAUGUGUUAUGCAUACAUUAAAUAUUGAUCUAAAGAACAUAUCUGCAGUGAAGGAUACUGAAAAACAUAGUGUUGUUCAUAAAGAGUGUUCUUGGAUCACCAAAAUUGUGGAUGAUGCAAUGUUUAUCAAGAACUUCGUCAUGGGUCACUCUAUGAGGUUGUCAAAAUUCAAUUCAUUAAGUCCACUAAAGUUUAUUUUGGUUGCUUCAACAAGAUUUACAUCCACUAUUGUAACGCUUAAGAGAUUUAAGCUUUUGAAGACAGGACUCUAA